GCACUAUGUGAUAGGUGAGUCAGCCGUUUGGAAUGACACCUUCGAUCCUUGGCAGGACUUCCCCCGGCCCUCCACCAAAGCAAGUAAAUCUGCUGUGCAACGCCAGGAGUACGAGGCCUUUGAGGCUUUCGACAACCGCCAGUAUUUCGGAUCUGUUACGCGGAGCUUCCUUACCUUGAUGCAGGUCAUCACCAAUUCACAGUGGGCAAACCACGUAGCAAGGCCAGUUGUCUUUCGGUAUCCGGCCAUAGCUGGAUUUCUUGGGUUCUUUCUUCUGAUUACGACGUUCGGUCUACUGUCGUCGGUCGUCGCCAACAUUGUGCAGGAUGCUCUCGAGACCUCCCGGAUCCUAGAGACAUCGUCUCGCGAGGUGGAGCGCGAAAACCGGCAGCAGAUGGGAUUGAAAGCACGCACAUUGCUACGGCUCAUGGACGAGGCGGAUGGAGAUGGUCAGAUGGCACAGCACGAGGUAGAGGUUGCUUUGAAAAACGAGGAGUUCCGCCAGACGCUGCUAGACCUGGAGGUUCCCGUCCUUGAUGCCGAGAGCUUGAUGCGCCUCUUUGACAAGGAUGGCAAAGGCUUCAUAACCUUUGACUUCUUGGUCAAGGAAGGAAGGAGCGGCUGUCUGAGGCUCGAUGACAUCGAUGACAAGGACUGGACGUUUCUGGCGAUAUGGAGUGAAGGUCUUCAUCUCCGUGCUGAUAUUGUGGAGAGAAGGUGUGAGCUGCUUUUCCAAGGCGUUCUUCGAUUGCACGGCCUCCUGGAGUAUUGCCUGACUAGCUUAUAUCAGUUCUUGGAGAGUCUGGAGGCAACGACUCGACACUACAGGGCUUUGCGCUACGUCCGUUCGGCUCCGCCUCCAAUAGCUGCUUCUAUUUACGAAGUCUUGAACAUCAAGGUGGCAGAUGAGGCGCCCAUGGACGAAGCCGAAGCAUUCAUUGGCUUUGCCCGCCGCUACAUGGGCCCCAGCGAUCGAUUGGCCCCCUUAUCUGAGCCUCCGCCGCUGGUUCCUUUUCCUGAUGUUCGCAAGACGCUAACGAAUCGCAAGGCUGUUCUUCCCCCGGCGCCCUGCAAGCCUGCAGUGUACAGAGCCAGGCAUCUCCGAGAACAGGUUGCAACUGAUGCCCAUAAUGCGCGAUACGACGUGAACGCGAUAGGCGCUGAGUCCGCCGUGUUUGCCAAGUUGAAGCAAGAAUUGACUGUUGACCCCGAGCUUCUUGAGUGA